AUGACAUACACAAUCAGAGCACAAGCCUCGGGUGCAGCUAUCAAAAUGUCUGGCGAACCACUGAACGUUGGCUUCAUCGGGCUGGGCGCAAUGGGGUUUGCGAUGGCAGUGAACCUGGUAUUAAAGCUACCCCGAGGCUCAAAGCUCUUUGUGUACGAUGUCUCAAAAGACACAAUGGAUAAAUUUGUGGCUCAGAACCCGGACUCGGCUGUUGCUGCCGGGUCCGCCAAGGAAGUGGCUCAACACUCGACAACUGUCUUCACCAUGGUCCCAGAAGGCUCCCACGUUAGGACUGUGUUCCUCGACGAGACAAACGGAAUACUCGCAGCAGACCAGGCGCCAAGGACUCUGGUAGACUGUUCGACAAUCGACCGUGAGACGUCUCUAGCUGUCCUGGACGAAGUGAGAAAGAGGCACCCUCAAGCGGCCUUCUUCGACGGUCCUGUGUCAGGCGGCCAAAUCGGUGCGGAGAGAGCGACGCUAACAUUCAUGGUCGGUUGCGCGGAGGAUGACCCGAAGUGGCCAUUCUUGGAAGGCAUACUAAGCCUCAUGGGCACAAAUAUCAUCGCCUGCGGCUCACCGUCACUCGGUGUCACAGCCAAGCUGACGAAUAACUACUGCUCGGCGCUCAUUUCACUCGCCACGGCGGAGGCGAUGAACAUGGGGAUGCGAGCUGGCAUGGAUCCGCGCCUGAUCCAAAAGAUCUUCUCCAAGAGCACGGCGCAGAGUACCAUGUGCGACCGGUUCAACCCCGUUCCGGGCAUCUGCCCUGAUGCACCCUCGAGCCACGGGUACGAGGGCGGGUUCAAGAUCCAGCUGAUGAGAAAGGACUUCGGACUGGCGUGCCAGGUGGCGGAGAACGUUGGCGCGAAGUUGUUGCUGGCUGAAGCAGGGCUGAAGGCUUACACUGAUGCCAGUGCGGACCCUCGUUGCAAGGAUUUAGACUCGAGGGUAGUCUACAGGUUUUUGGGGGGGGACGAAGACUGGGAGAAGAAAGAGAAUUAA